GUCGAACCUUCCCUCUUCGCGGCCCUGGCCCAGGACGCCCACCCGCGGGCAAAGCUGGAGUGGCGGGAAGAGGCAUGUCCGCGGCCGCAGCGCUGGUCGCGGUGACAUUCCGGACCCCGAACGCCUGCACCGCGACUCUGGUUGGAACGCCCGAGCCGGGACUUUCCCGCGCCGGGGUGAGCUGGGGACCUGGCUCACAACCCAGGCACGAGCCCUGACUGGGAAUUGAACUGGCGACCCUUCGGUUCACAGGCCAGCACUCAUCUACUGCGCCACACCAGCCAGGGCCACUUUCUUCAUAGCAGUGAUGCUGGAGUCACAGCAGCCAGCAUUUCCCUAUAUGCAGGCAGCUUCAUGGCCCAGAUGCUCGCUGUGUUCCAGGAGAGGGCUAAACAUUACACAUUUGGUCUCCGGGACAACCUGGUCGGUCCUCUCAUCAAUCCCCUUUACAGCCUGGACAAUGCAGACUCCACUGACCAGUCCUGUGCCUGUAAUCCGGCUCCCCCGGGGCCCUGAUGGCCUGAGCCGAGGCUUUGCCCCUGAUGGACGUAGGGCCCUCCUGAAGCCAGAGGUUUCUGAAACCCCGGAGUCCCUCAUAGUUCACGAAUCUCGGGAAUCCCAGGAGCAGCAGGCCCGAGCCAUACUCCGGGAGCGCUACCUCCGCAGCUUGCUGGCCAUGGUGGGCCGCCAGGUCAGCUUCACCUUGCAUGAGGGUGUACACGUGACUGCCCAGUUUGGAGCCACUGACCUGGACGUGGCCAACUUCUACGUGUCGCAGCUGCAGACUCCGAUAGGUGUGCAGGCGGAGGCACUGCUCCGGUGCAGUGACAUUAUUGCUUACAACUUCAAGCUAUAAAGACAUUACCGUGGUCACCUUCUGCCUUAGGCCUAGCCACAGAUUCCCAGGCCUCCGACUGUUCUGGACCUCUGGCCCCAUCGAGUUUGGAAUUCCCUUGGAAUUUUGAGCCAAUCUCCAAGCAACUUUGGCUUUUUUGGAUCUCCAGGGUCUAGUCAGUAAAAUUCUGCAACCCCAGGAGUUCUAUGUCCCGUGGAAAGGAAUGCUCGACCUCACAGAACUCUGAACUCUACAGAAAUGUGGGCCUUUGGCCAGUUCCUAAAGACUGGGGGUGGGCUGGGCUGGGGGAGGGGCAGUGGGAAUAAAGGAAGGUAAAUUGCAAAGUGGGAAAUUUUUUAUUAUAGAAGUUGCAGCCCUGGCCAGGGCGCUCGGUUGGUUAGCGUAUCAUCCAGAUACACCAAGGUUGUGGGUCUGGUUCUGGGUUGGGUGGCUGAAAGAAACCACCAAUGAAAUACAUGAAUACAUGGAACAACAA